AUGCGUCAAAACGCUUGCAAUUAUAAGUUCCCUAGAAAAAUUAAACGAGUCAAUAACUUUUCCGGAGUGCUAAAUAUAUUCCAGAACCACUAUCAUUUUCAUCACAACUCUAUUGCGAAGCGCUCAUUGCAACCUGCGCACGAACAUCACAACCGGUUAGAAACGGACGAGCGCGUGCGAUGGGCGAAACAACAAAAGAUCCUUUCGAGAAAGAAGAGGGAUUUUCAAACAUUAACAGACUUAAGCAGUACAGCUGAAACAAAAGCAUCGGGGGCGCCCUCUGUAAAAAGAGAAACGAGUUCGAAGCGGGAUAUGCAUUCGAGAGUGAAAGGGCGGCCGCGUUCUGCAGAUUCCAAGUUCCAAUUAAACGAUCCCAAAUGGCCACACAUGUGGUACUUGAACCGAGGUGGAGGUCUAGAUAUGAACGUCAUCCCAGCUUGGCGGGAAGGCAUCACGGGACGAGGCGUCGUGGUCACCAUAUUAGAUGACGGUCUGGAAACGGAUCAUCCAGAUUUAGUUGUCAAUUAUGAUCCCAUGGCAUCGUAUGAUGUGAACUCUCACGACUCAGACCCACAGCCGCGGUACGACAUGAUCGACUCUAACCGCCACGGAACCAGAUGUGCGGGUGAGGUCGCUGCCACAGCAAAUAACUCGCUAUGCGCAGUCGGUGUCGCAUAUGACGCUAGCGUUGGGGGUGUUCGUAUGUUAGACGGUGACGUCACAGAUGCUGUGGAGGCGCGAUCUCUCAGUCUCAAUCCACAACAUGUGGAUAUAUACAGCGCGUCGUGGGGGCCUGACGAUGAUGGGAAAACCGUGGACGGACCAGGUGAACUCGCUACAAGAGCGUUCAUUGAAGGGGUUACAAAGGGUCGUAACGGCAAAGGUUCCAUCUUCGUGUGGGCAUCUGGCAACGGGGGUCGAGAGCACGAUAAUUGCAACUGCGAUGGCUACACUAAUUCCAUUUGGACAUUAAGCAUAUCAUCUGCGACGGAACGUGGUGAAGUGCCUUGGUACUCGGAAAUGUGUAGUUCGACUCUCGCCGCAACUUACAGCUCCGGUGCUAUUAAUGAAAAGCAGGUGGUAACAACAGACUUGCACCACUCGUGCACGACGGGCCACACCGGCACGUCUGCGUCUGCGCCGUUAGCGGCCGGCAUAUGUGCGCUCGCGUUACAGGCCAAUAGGGACCUCACGUGGCGGGAUAUGCAGCAUAUCGUUGUACGCACGGCCAGACCAGAACGUCUGUCCAUCGGUGGCGAAUGGCGAAUUAACGGCGUCGGGCGGAAUGUGUCCCAUUCGUUCGGCUACGGGUUACUAGACGCGGCCGGUAUGGUCCGACUUGCGAAGACUUGGAGAACUGUGCCCCCUCAAAGAAGGUGUGAGUUAGCAGCUCCUCGUCCUCAAAGGGCUGUUCCACCGAGAUCGUCUAUCACUUUACAGUUGGAUGUUGGGGCAUGUCCGGGGGUGAACUAUUUGGAACACGUACAAGCGCGAGUUUCUCUGUCAGCCACUAGGAGGGGAGAUCUGCGGAUCUCUUUGACUUCUCCCGCUGGAACUAAAGUCACAUUGCUCGCCCCCAGGCCACACGAUUCUUCCCGCGCUGGCUUCAAUUCGUGGCCCUUUAUGUCCGUGCAUAUGUGGGGGGAAUCCCCACUCGGAGUGUGGCAACUCGAGGUCUCUAAUGAAGGAAGAUAUUUGGGUCGAGCGACAUUACAAGAUUGGUCGUUGACUUUAUACGGAACAAGCACGCCGGCUGCUAAAAAUGAUCCGAUACCAUUUAGAAAUCCAAUAAUAAGAAAUAGAAGUAACGCAACGCGGCCAGUAGUCGUUCAGGCCGGACGGAAAAGCAGCCGCGGGAAAUCCGUGCACAUCGUCCCCACUCAGUACACUGUGGGUUUAGUGAAAAGGAAAAAGAAUAAAAAUUCCAAGAAUCCUAAUAGAAAUUCGCAGAAAAAACAGGGUCGACCGGCGACACGUUCGCCCGUAGAAAGCACCACAUUGCGAGUUACCUCAGCCGUGCCAGAUUUAAGUUUGAAUUUGCAAGGAGAUUUGACGGAUCCCUUAUCAGACGCUAGAGGGCGUAAGAUGUCGAGUUUGUUCGAGCAGUAUCCGAAAAUCCAGAGAAUAUACCCAGCGCCCCUACAAGCCAACGCGGGACCAUUAACGCAGUGGGAGUUGAUAUUCUACGGAACAGAGACCCCGGCUCAGGAGUACGAAGUGUCACCAGAGAGCAAUCCCGUAGGGCAUGGCGUUACGCUAUGGAAUGCGAACGUGCCCGAUAGUGAGGAAGUGAAACAAAACACCAUAGAUGAUGAUCUAGCCCUAGUGUGGCAUGAUUCACACGCGAUACGUGAAGAAGGACCAGCCGUAGAACCAGGGUAUGCCGCCAGCGGUUGCGCCACACACGCAACACAGGCACCUCACCACUGCCUAGAAUGCGCCAAGGGUUUGCACUUGUACGACGGUCGAUGUUACCAACGUUGUCCAGGUGGGAGUUACGCCGGCGAAAUCAUAAUGCAAGCGAAUUCUAGAAGACGUAAUCUCACUUAUGAGGUGGGUGACUCUUCGGUCGUUAAGCGACAGGGUGUUGUCACUAGACCUUCAGCGAUCGAGGCUUUCGAUAUGGAAUCUAAUUACUCUAAAACACCCUUAGUUUGUUUUCCGUGCCAUUACACUUGUGCCACCUGUGUGGGUCCCAACAGUAGCCAAUGCACCUCAUGCUUAAACGAUGCUCAACUCUUCAAUCUAACCGAUGUGGAACCCAAAUCCUAUUGUUACCCUAACACAAUAUUACCACAAAUAAAUAACGCUAAUUGGCACUACAAAAUGAAUUUGAUUUUGAUAAUUGCACUAUUGAUUAUAAGUAUCAUUUCUAUUUAUGUUUUCGUCGUUUGUGUGCUAAAACGAAUGGGUGUUUAUUGUUGUGGUAACAAUUACGAUUCUAAUAUAAAGAUAGCGUAUAACAAGUUAGCUGUUGAUGAUAAAUAUCAAAGUGCUGUUGAAAUUGAGGAUGAAAUUCAUAAAGCUCUUAAUAACACUAGCGAGAGUGAGUCGGAGGAAGACGAUUUGAAGUUA